CCAACACCCUCUGAGCUGCUUUAACCAUUGGAGCCGGACGACAAUCAGUCAGAGAGCCAUUUGCUGUGAGGGAGGCUGGAUGUGCAGACAACAAGCUGGUGCUGACAGGUGAAAUCCGUUGACCUGGCUGCUCCCGAAUCUUUUUCAGAAAUGUACCGACCGAUCUUAGCGGCACUUGUGGUGCUGCUCUGCUCUUCACCCUUGGUAAAUGGAGGGAAAGUCUUGGUGUUCCCCUUUGAUGGAAGCCACUGGAUCAACAUGAAAGUCCUCGUUGAGGAGCUUCAUUCAAAGGGUCAUAAAAUCACAGUGGUAAGGACAUCAGACAGCUGGUACAUCCAGCCGGAGUCCCCGUUCUACAAGUCCAUCACUGUGGAAUUGCCUGCUGGUUUUGAUGAGGGACGCAUGGAGUCAUUUGCAACCAGAAUGAUGAACCUACGACGGACAGGUGCUUCACUUUGGACUCUUAUAUCUCUGGAGUAUGAAAUGGUGGAAAUGUUCUAUCAGAUGCAAGCUCUGGUGGUUCAGAUGGUGGGGGGGAUGUUUGAAAAUACCAAACUAAUGCAGAGCUUCCGCGAUGCCAAAUAUGAUGUGGUUUUGACAGACCCUGCAGCUGGUGCAGGGGUGCUUCUGGCUCACCGUCUGGGUCUUCCAAUUGUCCUCAAUGUGAGGUGGAGUGUUCAAGGUGAGGCCCAUCAUGCAAUUGCACCUUCCCCACUCUCCUAUGUCCCAAUAGCAUUGUCAGAGCUGACUGACAAGAUGACCUUUCCCGAGAGAGUCAAGAACGUCUUUUGCUAUUUCUUCUUAUGUUUACAAGUUUGGUACAUCGCAGACCAGAACUACAAACCAUUUGUUCAUCGUUACUUUGGUAAAGAUGUACACUACAUGGAGCUGUUUCAGGCAGCAGACAUCUGGCUGAUGAGGAAUGAUUUUACCUUUGAGUUCCCACGACCCACAAUGCCAAACAUCGUCUACAUGUCAGGCUUUCAAUGCAAACCCUCCAAGCCCCUGUCGAAAGAAUUAGAGGACUUUGUCCAGAGCUCUGGUGAGCACGGCGUCAUCGUUAUGACAUUGGGAACCCUGGUGGCAAAACUUCCUGAUGACAUUGCGGACGAAAUUGCUGCAGCUUUCGCCCAGCUUCCUCAGAAGGUGCUCUGGAGGAACAAAGGCAAAAAACCAUCCACCCUCGGCAACAACACCUUGAUCUUGGACUGGCUGCCCCAAACUGACCUCCUGGGUCACCCCAAGACCAGAGUGUUUGUGACCCAUGGAGGCACCAAUGGAAUACAGGAGGCCGUCUACCAUGGUGUCCCUCUGGUCGGCCUACCCCUCAUGUUCGACCAGCAUGACAAUUUCUUCAAGAUGAAAGUAAGAGGUGUGGCCAAAGUCCUGGACAUUGCAACUGUGAACAGAGACAACUUCCUGGAGGCGCUGAAGGAGGUACUCUAUGACCCAACCUACAGGGAGAAAGUGAAGGCGCUGUCCAACCUGCAGAGAGACCAGCCCAUGGAACCACUGGACCGGGCCAUGUUCUGGAUCGAGUUUGUCAUGAGGCACAAAGGAGCAACACAUCUGAGGACAGAGUCUUACAAGAUGUCCUGGAUCCAGUACCACUCAAUUGAUGUGAUGGCGUUUCUGCUGGCAGUUGUUUUACUAGUAUUUGCUGUUUUCAUUUGUGCGGUUAAAUUUUUGUGGCGAAGAGUGUUUUCUGGAAGCAAAGUCAAAAAGGAAUGAUGAAUGUGAAGAGUUCUGCUCUGUAUUUAGAGUUACAGUUUGGUAAAACGUUAAAGCUCGAGUCAAAUCAGCCACCUUUAAUCCAUAUCCACGAUUCUUCUGACUAUUUUGCUGUUUUUUGAGUAGAAUUUUUCUUCCUGUUUUUCAUUUUUGAGGUUACUGAAACAAAUGUUCAUGCUUAGUUUGCUAAGUAUCCAGUUCUGUGUCAAACAUCUUAAAAUUUGUUAUCAUUUUAUAUCUAAAUGAUUUUUUUGCACAAAAAAAGAAAAUAAUAAACCAUACAACUGUAUGUGUUUAUUGGAAUGCAUAUACACUGAAUAUUUUGUGUAAGCUGGGUACUGAUUCUGUUAAAUAAAGAACAACUUAA